AUGUCACCUCCUCACAAGAUCGAUGAAAUUAAGAGGAACCUUCAGAGACUCCUUAGUCUCAAUCCUUCUGGAAUUCCAGUAAACAACCUAGCUGCAACCUACAAUACACAAUUUCAACAAAAGCUUAAGUUGUGUGCAAAUGGUAUCGAUGGCAUUAGAGGUCUACCGGAUUUCUUUGAUUUUAUUGAAAUAGUAGAUGAAAAUGGUAUGGAAAUGUUACGACUAAGAAAGGGAGAAGAGGAGGGUGAAUUCAAGUCAACUACAAAAGAAUCUGAAAAUACUUGUGGUCAAAUUGUUGCAACCAAUGAUAAAACAGUUAGGGAAGAUUCAUUUACUUUAGAGGAGAAAUUACCCGAUGUUGGUGAAAAAGACAAAGAAGGCACUACAGGGCCAGUUGUUAAAGAAAUAUCAGAGUUACAAAAUAAGCAACAGAUGCCUUUAUUUUCUCAGCAAUCAGGAACAGCAUUUGCGUAUCCACAUGCUCCAGGACCUCCAGGGUUCUACCAGCAAGGAAUACCAUUGCCUUAUCCACGAACUUCACCAUUAGUUUCACUUCCUCAAGGACUUCGUCAGCCGACAGGAACUCAGCAAUUAGGAACAGCAUUGAUGUAUCCACAGGCGUCAGCAUUGCCUCCUCAAGGACCUUACCAGCGAAUGGGAUUUCAGCAAUCAAUGCAUCCACAACUUUCAACAGAAUAUCCCCAAGGAUAUCAUCAAUGGAGAGGAGUUCAGCAACAUUUAGGACCAGCAAUGUAUGGACAGCCUUCAACAGUGCCUUCUCAAGGAUAUCCUCUUUGGGGAGGAUUUCAGCAAUCUGGACCACCAAAUGAGACUGAAAUGUUACGAAUUAAGAAAGGAGAGGAGGAAGAUGAACUAAAGUCAAAUACAAAAGAAUCUGAAAAUGCUUGUGGUCAAAUUGUUGCAACCAAUGGUAACACACUUAAGGAAGAUUCAUUGAUUUUAAAGGCGAAGUCACCCAAUGUUAGUAAAGAAGGCAAUACCGUGCCAGAUGUUGAAGAAAAAUUGGAUUUACAAAAUAACAAACAGAUGCCAUUAUUUUCUAAGCAAUCAGGGCCACCAAAUGAGACUGAAAUGGUACAGCUAAGGAAAGGAGAAGAGGAAGGUGAAUUCAGGUCAACUAUUAAAGAAUCAGAAAAUGCUUGCGGUAAAAUUGUCGGGACCAAUGGUAACACAAUUAAAGAAGUUAAUAAAGAUUCAUUGAACUUGGAGGAUGAAACAUCCGAUGUAACAAUCAGGACCAGCAUUGACUUAUCCACAUGCUCCGUCACCGGUUCCUCCAGGGUUCCACCAAUGUUACGAAUUAAGAAAGGAGAGGAGGAAGAUGAACUAAAGUCAAAUACAAAAGAAUCUGAAAAUGCUUGUGGUCAAAUUGUUGCAACCAAUGGUAACACACUUAAGGAAGAUUCAUUGAUUUUAGAGGCAAAAUCACCCGUGAGUGAAGAGGACGAAGAAGGCAAUACCGUGCCAGAUGUUAAAGAAAAAUCUGAUAUACAAAAUAACAAACAGAUGCCAUUAAUUUCUCAGCAAUCAGGACCACCAAAUGAGACUGAUAAGGAACGAAUAAGGAAAGGAGAGAAGGAAAAUUUAUUCAAGUCAACUACAAAAGAAUUUGAAAAUGCUUGGGGUGAAAUUGUUGCAACCAAUGAUAACACAAUUAAGGAAGAUUUAUUCACUUUGGAGGAGAAAUCACCCAAUGUUACUGAAGAAGGCAAAGAAGGCAAUACCGGGCCAGAUGUUGAAGAUUUACAAACUAACAAACAGACGCCAUUAUUUUCUGAGAAAUUAGGAGCAGCAUUGUUGGCUUAUCCAAAUGCUCCGCCACUUCUUCCUCCAGGGUUCCACCACCAGCACUCAGAAGCACAGCAAGGAACAGCAUUGCCAUAUCCACGGGCUUCACCAUUAAAUCCUCUUUCUCACAGACCUUAUCAGCCGACUGGAACUCAGCAAUUAGGACCAGCAUUGACAUAUCCACAGGCUUCAACAAUGCCUCCUCAGGGGCCUUAUCAGCGAAUAAGAUUUCAGCAAUCGAUGCAUCCUCACUUUUCAGCAUAUCCUGAAGGACAUCAUCAAUGGAGAGGAGCUCAGCAGCAAUCAGGAACAGCAAUGUAUGAACAGCCUUCAACAGUGAUUCCUCAAGGACAUCCUCAUUGGAGAGGGUUUCAGCAAUCGGGCCCACCACCGAUGUCUUCACAUGGUCCGCCACAGGUUCACCAGAGAUACCAGCAAUCUGGAAAAGCAAUGGGGUAUUCACACAUUCCACAAAUGCAUCCUCUAGGACCUCAACACAAUUUUUCAUUAUUGCCACAUGCAAAUGAAGCCAACCAAAUGAAACAAUUCGUACAGCCUGUGCUACAGACAUCAGAAAUCAAAGCACCUAGCACAGAUACAGUCUCUGUAGGAAACAAAGUCUUCAGUUGGAAUGUAACGACAGCUGUUGAUUCCUCUAUCACAGAAGACAGUGACUGGCCUGCAUUAAACUCAGCAAAUAAAACAAAGAAACAAACUAAGCGAGAUCUAAAAGCAGAAGCCGAAAAUCGCAGGAUAAAAUUUGAACACCUAGAUAACUCUGAAAUUCAAUGCAGAAAUGAUGGGAAAAUACCAACUAAAGAUGAUAUUAAUUCCCGAGCUUUAUUCCAUAUCCAAGCACUAGCUGAACAAAAUGAACAUGUCAGUGUAGAUUUGGUGAUGAAGGGGGUAAUGGAGCACUUUGGUAAGACAAAUAUCCAACAAUUAAGGCUAAGAAAGGCAACAGAUCUUGAAGCAAUCUACAAACAUCAACGCUUACUUUGCCGCAUCAAUGCCUAUAUAUAUGCUUUCUGUAAUUGUCGCUCCAUUGCUACACUAUUUGAACUCCACAAAGAUCUUGAAAACAUUGAGGAUGGUAAAGACUCUUUCCAAGAAUUAAAUGUUGGACCACUCUCUAAAUUUCCUGCCGUAUACACCCUGUUUAAAUUUCCUCCCUAUAAAUCUGAUGAUGAUAUUAUGAAAGUAACAACAUUGGAUAUAUUAGAACUUCUGAAGAAUUACAUGGACAAACAUUAUUUGUGGAGAAGCAAGGUGGAAUUGAAGGGUUUCAUGGAGUUUAUAAUGGAGCAUUAUGGAAUUUCUGAUCCUUAUCAACUUGGAAUUCGUGUUCAGAGUGUAGCCUUAGGAGUCUGUGUUGUCAGGCGGGCUAUACGGGAAGAGAAGAAUGUGAUAGGUGAAUGCUCUUUAGCCAUCAUGGAGAAGCUAAAGCAGGAGGCAGAAGCAUCACUGGCAAGUGUCAAGAAAUCAAUUCUAGAGCCUGCAAAUACGGACAAAGAACGUUCACGAUUGGACAAUCGGAGGCGUUAUGCUGAUAUGACUGCUGCGGAAGCUAUUCUUAAAGUAUUUGAAAAUGCUCAGCCGCUUUUGAAUGAAGAGUUUAGUCUUCGAACAUUUUUCCGUUCACUUCCAGCGAUCGUCAACAACAGUAUUGCAAGAAACCUUUUCCAACUUGCUAUAUGCCUAGGUAACAUGGAAUUUCCCCAGGAAUACUUGCCUGCUGGUACUGAAGAAGUACAAUCGGAGAAAGAAAAUGAAAUUGAAGAAUCCGUGUGCGCAAAUAAAAUUCCUGAUUAUGAGGAAAUUGUUAGUGAUGUGGAAACAUUUCUGAAUCGUCUUGUAGAUGUUCCAACUCUCAUUGACCUAGCAAAAAUUGAGAGUAGCUUAUGCCGAAAAAGAAAUUUGUCAAAUUUCAUGGAUUUAAGAAAAGGAACAUUUCUAGAGUUUAUCACAAGGACUCCAAAGCUCCUUCAGCAAUUUGGUGGAAGUAUUCUUGGUGCAACCAACCAAAAAUCUAACCAGGGAACACUAUAUCACCCAUCUAUAAAUGAUCUUAUUGAGUUCAUCAGACAGUGUGGAAAGCAGAACAUGAAUGAUAAGGUUGUUGAGAUAGCAUUGUGUGAGCAUUUCCAGACAACAUCAGUUGAUUCAUUUGGAAGAGGGUCUUUGCAAAGGUUGAUUUCUAAGGCAAAGAUUACACAGCAUGAUGAAGAGCAGAACAGCAUCACCUAUGAACAAGCCUUAUGCACUCAAACAAGAAUAAAGCAAGUUUCAGGCAGCCAUGUGGGCGUGUGUGGACAUCAGAGCCGGUGCAAUGCCUUACUCUCUCUGAAUUCUGCUCCUUUGUUGGAGGACUUGUCUGAGUGGUCUCAGUGGCCUUUGAUAUUUAAACCUGAGCACGGGGAGCUAAAAGGCUUCAUCGAAAAAUGGUCCGGUGCAGAGGUACCAUAUGAGCAAGAAGAUACACAAUUGGACGAGCCUAUCACGAUCUUUGCCUUGGAAACCCAGCCGGGAGUUUUACUAAAGUUGGCUUCCAAAACUUCUCCUGAUGAUUUUAAAACUUCAGCAAUUGAAGAAGAUGCUAGGCUCACUGCUGGCCAUUUAGUUUCCAUUUUAACCAGAGAUGGUAUACAAAAUGCUCCUCUUGUUUUGCUGCAAAACUAUUUUGAGUCUGCCUUAAAAGCAAUAUUCUCUAAAGAUGUUCCCUUGGUACCAGGCGGCCCACCUGAGAAAACAGAUGCCGACACUAAGUUGGCGUCUUUUGUUUUAGACUGUAUGAUUCUAAUACCAACCAAGAUCUGCCAUGCUGUUGCAGAGGUGUUUCUAAAGCCCCUGUCUGAGGUUAUUGGUGACAAAAGGUCCAAAAAGCUGCUGAAGGACUCCUGUGCUACCACAAAACAUCUGAAUAAAUUACAACAACUUGGUUUCUUGCUGGGAAUUGUUGAAUGGUCAGAAACCUUUACCGUUAAACUUGAAUAUUCAAGUUCUGGUGAAGAGGAUCGACAAGAAGAUUUAAUUGAUAUUGCGUCGCUUCGGCCAGAAACUGAUAAAUCCGAAAGUGACGCAUCAUUUAUGAGUCAAGAAGAAGACAAGUUUAAUUUUGAUACGGAUGCGGUUAUAGACUUCGAACUUAAAACGUCCUUUGAUGCAUCAACUGAAAAUGAUGAAUAUGGUCCUGUCAAAGAUGUUUUAGAAGACUCGCGAGGAGAUGAGUCAGAAAUUAAGGAUAAGGUUCAAGUCAAAACUCAUGAAAGCAAACCAGCUGAAAUGGAUGGAAUCAAAGAGAAUGGUACAUGUUGUGAUAUCGUAGAGCACAACACAGAAGAAAUGCAGAGUUUUAUUAAGAACGAGAAAGCAACAGUCACAGAACUUACACAAUGUCAGGAAGAAAUGCAACAUUGUAAAGCUGUCGUUGAUAAUAUUCGUAACAAAGAGUUUGGUAUUGGCGCCAUUUUGAGCAAAGAAGGUGAAAGUUUGAUGACGGUUCAGAAAGGUCGCAUCGUGCGAAGCUUGGAGCGACUUUCUACUGAACUCUACAGUAAAGAUACACACUUUGUACUUGAACUGGUUCAGAACGCGGAUGAUAAUACAUAUAAUGACGACUGCCAACAACCAUCACUCCUGUUCCAGUUGGAAGAGGGACACAUUACUGUCUACAACAAUGAAAAGGGCUUCAGUGCAGAGAACAUACAUGCACUGUGUGAUGUUGGCAAAAGUACCAAAGGGAAACAUAAGUAUGGAUACAUAGGUCACAAGGGAAUUGGGUUCAAGUCUGUGUUUCGAGUGACUGACAGACCAGAAAUACACUCCAAUGGCUUUCAUAUCUGUUUUGACCGGCAGGCAGACUCCCUCGGCUACAUCCUUCCCACCUGGAUAGGUGCUUCGAAUGUAGAAGAUGUCACUGAAGAUGGUGACAAAAACACAAAGGGGUGGCAGACAAGGAUUGUGCUUCCUUUGAAGGACGAAGUUUGUAAAACAAACAAGCUUAUGAAUCGAUUCGAUGACAUCCAACCAUCACUGCUACUUUUCCUACACAGACUAAGAUCAAUUCAGGUUUUAAAUCAGCCAAAGUCUACAGUAGUAGAGAUGAAAAGAAUUGAUCAUCUAAAAAAUGUCAUUGAAAUUAAACAUUCUGAUGGAACAGACUUCUGGCUUGUUGUCAAGGAGAUGAUCAAUGUAAACAAAUCGGUGUGUGACAGAGCUGAUAUGGAAUCUACCGAACUUGCUUUGGCAUUUCCUCUACCAAAAGGCAAAAGUGCUUCGGAAUUUGUGUUGAAAGACCAAUACAUAUUUGCUUAUCUACCUUUGAGAAGCUAUGGUUUCAAGUUUAUUAUACAAGGCGAUUUUGACAUUCCGUCUUCACGUGAAGAUGUUGAUAGUGACAGUGCCUGGAACCAGUGGAUCAAGCAGCAUUUGCCUUCUCUGUUUAUCAAGGCUUUACAGUUUUUCAAAGACUAUUAUGGUAGUGAUAAUGAAGAGGUUGCAGUUUGUAAAUUUCUUCAGUUUGUUCCUGUUGAAGGCCAGAUUUUGGGAUUCUUCCAGAGCGUUGCUAAGGACAUUCAUCAGAAGCUUAAAUCCAGUCCAUGUCUACCAGUCCAGGUUCCUGAUGAAAAUGGUACAAAAAUAUGGAGACAACCAUCAGAAGCCAUCAUUGUACAUGAUCAGUUGGUACAAGAACUUGUACCUCCAGAGGUUCUUCACUGCCACCUUGGAUGCUACUACUUGAGCAAUGUUGUCAGCUCUAUGUUGAAUAUUGCCCUCUUGAAGAGUCUUGGAGUUAAAGUCAUAACAACUAGUAAUCUCAUUAGUCUCUUUAAGGGAGAGGUUUUAAAGGCAAAAGCAGAUGGAGUCAGUUUAAAUAUCACUAACAUUGCCAAGUGGUUAACAUGUAUAUAUCGCUGUCGUGAGGAAGAGCAUGACAUAUCUGAAGAACCAAUUAAAGAAAUUCAAGCUCUUCCCAUCAUUCCACUUUGCAAUGGCAAGUGGACAGAUCUCCAAGAUAAGAGUGUAUUCUUUUCAUUGAUGUUUGAAAAACAAAGAACUGACGUGAACGCCCCCAAGAAAGCUGCCAAGAAAGAAAUGCAGGGAAGUAUUCAGAAUUUGGAAUCAGAUAUGUACAUACUACAUGCCGAUUUUAUGACUUGUCAAGAUAGCUUAGCAAAUUCCCAGGUUAUGUUGAUGAUGGAACAAUUAGGUGUUUGCCAUAUCGAACCACGUGACGUCAUCCACAAUCACAUCUUACCUGCGCUUAAAUCUGACGAUUGGAAAGAAAAACCUGCUGCAGUGUUGGUAAGCUACAUCGUGUACAUCAAAGACCAAAUGCAACUCCAGUCAGACAUUUGUAAGAUGUCGGAUAUAAAAUCAGUGGCUCAAAUACGGACUGAUAAGGGGACAUUUGUGAAUCCUAGCAGAGAACCUAUUCACUUCACAAAGACGUAUGGGAACAAGUAUGACUUAAGGAAGGAUCUAACAGGUGUUGAUUGGACUUUAGUUGAUGAAUGUUAUCUACGUUGUAGUCAACAACAUUUGGCAUCACAAGUUUCACAGUGGCAACGGUUUCUCUCUGAGUUAGGCAUUUCCUCAAUUUGGUGCAGUGAGUAUGAUGCUUGGCCAGUUCCAAGUGAUGAAUGUUACCAGAUUGAAGAUAGCAGGAGCAAGGAAUUGGAGAAACUUUUUGAGAAUAACACAAAGGGAACUGAUGACAAUCACAGAGUUAUGAUGAAGUUCCUGUACAUUCUUCAAAAUGAAUGGGACUACUUUCAUAAAUUCGUUGACGCUUCACUAAUUAUUGACAGCCAAAGAAAAAAAUCGAUUGAAUCAAGUUUUGCAAAACUAUUGUUAAGAUCUUCAUGGAUUUCCACAAAGCCGAUGCUGGAUCCAGAAGGUGGAGAUUUUACUGGCAAACGGCUGUUACCACCAAAUCAGGUUUUUCUAGCCUCAGAAUGUUUGUCUUUUUUCUUAGACAAGCAUGUUCCUUAUCUUAGUGGACCUACACUAAGGAAUAAAGAGCUUAUACAGUUCUUAGGUAUUAAGGGAGAGGAUAUAGUAAACAAUAUUAAUUUCCUAAUCGACAUGCUUCGAGGUUGGUGUACAAGAGGAAAGAAGUGCCAACCAGAAGAGAUCAUGAAGUCUGGGGCAAGGUUUACCACAUCUGUUAAACAUAUCUUACAAGUUUACAAUCACCUACAAAGGUACGCACCUCCAGAGCAGCUUCAAAUAUUUUUUGACAAAUUCCCGGCUGUAUUUCUACCUUCUAGUCUUUGUGAACAACACAGGGUUGUCCCGGGAAGGUUUGUACAUAAAUCAUUGACGUACUGGAUAGAUCCUACCAAACUAUUCCAUAAGUAUGUUGCAUCUAGUAACAGAGAUUCUGUUAUCGAGAUAUAUCAUGAGUCAAACAGAGAUUUCUUUCAGAGACAACUUAAGAUUGAUGACACACCGACUAUGCUUGAAUAUUUACAGUUGCUUGUCAAGAUUACUAGUGAAAAUCAACUUCCAAAUGUAAACGUUCUCGCUGAUAUCCUAAAGAUCUUUGGAAUUCUGGGUGAAAAAUGUGCCAUUUCAGGUCAUACUUACAGCAGAAGCAGCUCUGCAACACAAGAUUCCAUUAGUGUUGAUACCAAUAGAGCAGCCUAUUUAAAGGAAAUGCUGAAGGGAUAUAAAGUGUUCCCUACCAAAGCAAAUAGGUGGGUGGCUCUUGACGAUGAGCCAUUAAUAGUUGAUGAAGGAUCAAAGGAACUUGAAAAACUGUUCUGUUCUAACCAAGAUAUAAAUUUUCUUCAAUGGGAUGUUAGUAAAAAUGCAAAUGAAAGACAGGGGCUAAAAAGGAAGUCUAGAGACAAUUUUGAAGAAAUAAAUGAAUACGAAAAUGUCCAAUGUUUUCUACACGCUUGUGGAAUCAAGUAUCUGUUUGAAUGCAUUGAACAUGAACCCAUUGAGGAACACAUUCGACCAUGUCCAAGGCUGAAGAAUCUAAUGCAUCGUGUGGUUCCAUACGUGCAGUCUUUUUUAUUUUCAAAGUAUGGCGAGGUUCACGAAAGGCUCGUUUCCAAAGUCAAAAUAAUAUCUAAAUUGAAAAUCAUGAACUUCAUGACUGCAUCUAGACUUGAAGUCAUAUAUAGAAUUAACUACACCAAGGAUGGCGAAAAAAUAACUACUACACGUUCCACAGAACAGAAGUGUACAAUAACCAGAAAUCUUUACAUACAUAAGGCGAUAGAACAAAAUAUUCAAGAAGACAGUUCUGUAAGGAAAGAAAUAGCAAAGUUAUUCAGUGAUGGUGAUAAUUCUUGCCAAAAAGAUAUGAAUGCAUUCCUUAUGUUGGUGAUGAAGCGUUCCAACCAGGCUUUCGAUGAUGCGGAUUUUCUCAAUGAAUUUGGUUUAUCAGCAGUUGAAGGUGUGGAAUUGUGGGAAGUUGAAAAAGCCGAAGAACCCACUCCUGUUCCCGUUCCGAAACCAGUGGUGGUUUUACCAACUGUUAGUGAAAACGAAAAAACUACGAAAGGUGGUCUUGAAAAAGCUGAAAAGGGAUCAGGCAUCUACAGUUGGCCUCCUAAAUCCAGUGCUCAUGAACUAGUGAAAACGGAUAAUCAGACAAGGAAUUCUUCUGAAAAAGCGUCUUUGGAACAGUGGCCACUACCUCUACCACCUCAGUCAUUCGCUAAUGUUCCAUCUCCGAGUGAAGCUUCGACACAGCAUGUUUCAGGAGCAAAAUUAGAGGCCAGGAAUCCUUCUGAUAAAACGUCUUUGGAACAGUGGCUACUACCUCAAGCAGGUCAGUCAUUAGCUAAUGUUCCAUCUUCGAGAGAAUCUCUAACACAGCAUGUCCCAGGAGAAAAAAUAGCUGCACGAGAUUCAAAGAUGGCCAAUAAACUACCUAAUUCUGAUUUAAUCAAUGAUAGACAAGUUGGUCAUGACCAUCAAAUAACUCCAACUGUUGUUAGCGAUGUUGACAAGAAAUAUGUUACAAACAGUUCACCGGAAAUGAGGCAAAGUACAUCUGCAGACGUUAACCAACAUUUCACUAAAGAAACACCAACACUAGCUUCUGGUGUCGACAGGCAAUUUCAAACUCCUCCAAACCCACAGAGAAUCGUGUCACUCAGUAGUAGUCCAAGAAGUGAAUGUAGUACAAGAACAUUUAGCCCGUCACCAUCCGUUCAGCUGAUUGAGGAGGAAAUUACACCAAAUCUUCGAGAUUUGAAGUUCUUUGAGGACACUCAGAAGAGUGUUUCCAACCCCAGUGAUGACAUAAUAGGACGCUGGGGAGAGGAACUUGUGUAUCACCUCUUAAAGAACCAGUACGAAGGCAAGUCCACGGUUCACUGGGCAAAUGAACAAAAUGAGACAGGAUAUCCAUAUGACAUUGAAAUACAAACAAAUAUUGAAGGUGGUGUUCAUACCGAAUAUAUUGAGGUCAAAGCUACCAAUUCAUCUGAUAAGAAAUACUUCAAAAUCUCUGCGAAUGAAGUAACGUUUGCUCAGCUUAAUGCGCCAAAUUAUCACUUGUAUCGUGUCUACAACGCGGGAAAGAAAGAGGCCGUCAGAGUUUGUUCACUGAGGAAUCUCAGUGAGAAGAUGGUGAAAAAGGAAGUAGUAUUAUUCAUGCAAAUUUAAAUUUCGCUCAUUGUACAAUUUUUUUUUUAUUGAUAUAUGUUAAAACGCAUGUCGAUAUUUGCAGAAUAUGAUAUGACAUUUUAAUAUAGGUGUAUAUCUUAAAACGAAUUAACGACGUUUCUCUAAAUCCAUAUCUCAGUUUGUACGUUUCCCUGUAGUACUUCGCUCCAUGAUAUACACCGUGGAUUUAUAUUUAACUGUUUUGUAUUUGUGCACAAGUAGAUUUUUAUAAUCAUCUUAUUUGAACACAAUGUAACACAAAACUAAGAAGUCGAGUAGCUGUAAUAAUGAGUUUAAAUAAUUAUCUCAUCACUGUCAGAAGACCAUACACUGAGCCGGGCUAUUAAAAAGGCAGUGUUAUUGUUGAAUAUAUAGAGCCCUUUUAUUCUAUUUCUGAGGCGUUUUAGAAUGUCAUUUAUUAUUUUAUUAUUGAAGUAAAUUUUGAAUAUUCAUGUAAUUAGAAGGUAUAUAACCUAUAAUAGAUAACCUAUAUAUUUAAAAUAGUUUUAUAAGUUGAAUCAAUAUUAUAAAUAUAAUGGCGCAAAUGUUGUAAUCAUGGAAGUAGUGACCCAUGUUGUCACGUGAUAUAUUGAUGAAAAAGGCAUAUGUAUAUCAUAUUUUAAUACUUUUAUUGAUGUGCUAUUUUAAUGAUGUAUAGAAUUUAUAUAGACCUAAUGUAAUUAUUGUAUUGUAAUUGUUGAUGCCCAAAAUAAGCCUGUGAUUUCAACUGCGCAUGUAUGUCGAAGGUCAGGUUUGUAACAGUAGCGGAUUCAAAGGGUCAAGACCCCCCUUCUUAAAGUUUUUCAAAAUUAUAAAAAAGAAAAUUAUAUACAAAUGUUAGUCGUUAGGUGCCAUAAUCAUAAAUGUUUCAACCAUGGUAAGGUUGAGGUGGUCCAGACCACUCUCUAUCUUUGGACGUCCCUCCCCAGCCCCCUCCCUUCCACUAUUUCGAACUCCUUGAUCCGCCACUGCAUAACACAUCGUAGGGCCUAUGUAAAGCAGAUUCGUUUUCCAGCGGUCUUAAAUACUGUACUUACAGUAUUUAAGGCUUCUGGAAAACAUACGUCUUGAGGGGUAGUGUUGCUUCAAACCAUAAGUAGCCCUCACUAUAAAAAAAAAUCCUAGAUCUGCCUCUGCAAAGCACCGAGAUCCAUGUUAUAAAUUACGUCAAUAUAUGAUGUACCAUAACUUAAAUUACUUGCUAUAGUACUACAAACAAAUUUAAUAUUAUUUUUUUAUAUACGAAUUAUGUAACUUAGUGAAAUUAAUACCAAUUAGUAUAAAGCCCUGUGAAGCCUAUCAAAUUUUAUUUGACAAAAACAUCUGACAAACCAUGACUAUUAAUUGCACAUUUUGAUAAUGCAAGUAUUAAAUCACAUGAACUACCAUAAAACCUCGAUUGGAGGCCUAAUGUGCUUAAUCUCGAGAAGAAGCUCAUCUCAAAUGGUAGCACCCCCUCCCCACCUCGCUCUUCUUUUUAGUUUGCAAAAGUAACCUUUUCUUCUUAUCCAGAUAGCAAGGGCUUUUUUUCGAGAUAGUACAGUACAUACACUGUACAUACAUUUCAAAUAAAUAUAUAAAUAAAAUACAUGUUUGGUUUAUACAGUAGUUUAGCUGAUUUAAUGCCGGUUAAUACACUCAUGAUACAGACUGAUUUUACAGUGGCCUUAUGUAUUGUUUUAUAGUAGUUAUAGCCUGUACUGAGAAUAAAAUCAGAAUGAGGUAUGUGAAAUUUUAAAAUAAAAGUAUUUCAGUACGUAGUGUA